CGUGGGCUGGAGACUUCCAGAAAGCCGUAGACGCUGCUGCGCGUGCCUCUUUUCGCAAGUCGGCUUGUUCCGCGGCCUUAGUCUCGCUGCCACCAUGUUGAGCGCUGCCCGCGUGCUUGUUCUGCGGCGUGCAGGGGGCGUCCCGGGGCCGGCCCAGGUCAUCUGGAAUGGUUUAAGUCAAGAUAUCCUCAGAACUGUAGCAAGCAGGAACUAUGCCUCAGAAGCAAUCAGAGGAGCAGUUAUUGGUAUUGAUCUUGGCACAACCAACUCUUGUGUGGCAGUCAUGGAAGGAAAGCAGGCAAAAGUGCUUGAAAACUCAGAAGGUGCCAGAACCACCCCUUCUGUUGUGGCAUUUUCCGGUGAUGGAGAGCGAUUGGUUGGCAUGCCAGCUAAAAGACAGGCAGUAACGAAUCCUCACAAUACAUUGUAUGCAACCAAGCGUCUGAUUGGACGGCGAUAUGAUGAUCCAGAAGUGCAGAAAGAUAUCAAGAAUGUCCCUUUUAAAAUUGUCCGUGCCUCCAAUGGUGAUGCCUGGGUAGAAUCUCAUGGAAAGCUCUAUUCUCCAAGCCAGAUUGGUGCUUUCAUUUUAAUGAAGAUGAAAGAGACUGCAGAAAAUUACCUGGGACAUCCUGCCAAAAAUGCUGUCAUCACAGUUCCUGCUUAUUUCAAUGAUUCUCAGAGACAGGUAUGGUUGCAGAAAUUGGGGUUCCAUUUCUCUUUCUAGAGAGAGAGAGAUCAG